AUGGUAAAGAGGAAAGUUGCUCGUAAACUGUCAGAGAGGGAAAUCGAUGAAUACGAUGGUCCAGUACAUUACUUGCCACAUCACGAGGUGUUGAAACCUGAUUCAAGGUCGACUCCUCUCCGAAUAGUCUUCAACUCAUCAGCCUCAUUUAUGGGCCACUCUCUCAACGACUACUGGGCCAAGGGUCCCAACAUAGUUAACGAUCUUAUGUCUGUGCUCAUAAGGUUCCGUGAAGGACAGGUUGGCAUGGCCGGAGACAUAUCGAAAAUGUAUAAUUCUGUGAAAAUGAGUGAAUCUGAUCAACAUACUCACAGGUUCUUGUGGCGGGACAUGGAUCAAGGGAAAGAGCCUGACCACUACGUUAUGGAAGCCGUGACGUUUGGAGAUCGACCAAGUGGGGCUAUUGCAUCUAUGGCACUACUGAAAACGGCAGAACUGGCUAAGGAAUUGUAUCCGGAAGUCACACAAAUCAUUAAGGAAAACAGCUACGUGGAUGACAUUUUGUGUUCGACAGACAGUACCUCAGCAGCCAAAAACUUGUCUGAAGACAUUGAUGUUGUAUUGGAAAAGGGAGGAUUUAAGGUGAAGCACUGGACAUUAUCUGGAAUGUCCACAGCGCUAGGCAACAAUGUGAAUACUCAGGAGAAGGUUCUUGGGAUGAUAUGGGAUCCGAAGACGGAUACCUUUAAAUACAAAGCUAGACUCAACUUUUCUCCAAAGGUCAAAAAAAUCCACCAAGAGCAAAAUCUUUCUGAAGGAGAUAUUCCAAAUCAAAUUCCGCAGCGUUUGACUCACCGAAUGGUUUUAAGCCAAGUCUCAAGCAUAUUCGAUCCUCUAGGACUGAUAACACCAUUCAUAUUAUGCGCCAAACUCCUCAUGAGAGCGUUAUGCAAAAGAGAUACGGUCGGGGAGACAGGAGGACGUCAGACUUGGGAUUCCGCUAUGGACGAGGACAUGCGGAAGGAGUGGAUCAAAUUCUUUUCCGACUUAUUUGUGGUUGAAACACUCGAAUUUCCUCGAUGUAUCAAACCAGAUUGUGUCAAGGGUAACCCUAUCCUGAUUGUUUUUUCGGAUGGCAGCAAGGAAGCAUUUGGCGCAUGUGCGUAUAUCAGAUGGGAGACCAGAAACGAGAUAGUGAGUACAAACCUCAUUGCAGCAAAAAAUAGGAUCGCACCUACUCGGCAAUUGUCGAUACCUCGUCUAGAACUGUGUGGUGCUGUGAUAGGAGUUCGCUUGAGGGAGAAACUUUUGAAUGGAUCGAAACUCCGAUUUGAGCGCGUGUUUCACAUUGUAGAUUCUAUGAUUGUACAAGCUCAAAUACAAAAGGAGAGCUAUGGAUUCGGCACUUUCACCGCUACCAGGGUAGCGGAGAUACAAUCCAAGUCCAGUCCAGACGAAUGGUGGUGGGUAUCUGGAAAUGACAACCCUGCUGACCUCACCACCAGGGUCACGGCUCCUAAGAAUCUGGAUAUGGAAUCUGCUUGGCAGACAGGCCCAGCAUUUUUGAAAAUGCCUCUUGAAGAAUGGCCUAUUAGUCGUACAUUUAACCUGGAGGGAGAACCUUUACCAGAUAUAAUCGGACAUGUGGCGGUUGGAGACAUUUCGAUUGUCGAUGAUGCAUGUCGAUCUGAACAAACCUCGUUAGAGGACGUGAACCUGGAAUGUUUCAAAGAAACGCGUACGUUAUUUCGCGUUACCGCCUUGUUGAUGCGAAUUGUCAAAAGGGGGACAUUGCGACAAAAUGCUAAGAUUAUCUCAAGUUGUGAGAUUAAUGAAGCUGAACGGAUGUGGAUCAAAUAUACGCAAAACGAUAUGCGUCCAGACUGGAAAAUGGCCUAUCAACGUCUCGGCGUUAUCCGCAAUCCUGAUGGUUUCAUCGUCGUUGGGUCAAGGUUGUCUGAGUGGAUGAAGGCUACCUGGAAUCAAACCGAAUUCAUCCUCCUUCCUCCGAAGGCCAAGUUUACAGAGCUGGUCAUGAAAUCAUGCCACAACGAAGAUCAUACUGGGGUAGAGGCCACACUGCUAAACUGA